UAAAGCCAGUGACCAUCAAGGUCCUUGAAGUAGCCUGUCAGAGCUCAUUUCCGGAUGUUUACACAGUUUAAAUGUACACCAUGUUAAAGAAUAACAGAUACUCCUGUUUUGUUAUGAGUUGUACUGCAUGACCUCAUCCUUUCAGCUAAAAACAGAAUCUGAUUGAUGCACAUUACGGUGUCCAGUACACAAUAUUCUAGUCAAUUACAUAUACACAAACACACAAAAUGGGACCUGUAGUGCCCUGCUACAACUAUCAGCAAUUGGGAAUGUAUUGUACAUAUUGUACAUAGUGUGUUGAUUUGGCAAUAAUUGUUCUGGCUCCAGUGUAUUUUACUACAUCUUCUAUUUCACAACAUUUAACAAUGCACUGACUCAUCAUCAUAACCUUUUCAAAAUAAUAAAAUGUUAUAAAGAAAGAAACAAGUCCAAGUUUCAAAAUGUAGUUACUGGUUUAAUGCCACGUUAGAAAAUCCAUAAUUGGCCUUUUUCACAGCAGAUACAUUUCUUUUCAUAGCAGGAGAUGCACAGGUGUUAAUAAUACAUUAACAAAGGCCACUGUAUGUACAACACAUGGUUCCUGAACAUCAAUAAUGUUAUUAGUUACACCUGCACUUUCCCUGCUUUGACAAGUCUCAGUGUCUACCAUGAAACAGCUCCAUCAUCAUAAUGAGAGAUCUGCAGAGUGUCAGGCGAGCUACACAUGAAACAAGACAAGACAAAUCCUCAUCAGCAGCAAUAUCAACAGCAACACAAUGACAUCAUGGGCACAUCUUGUCUGGAGGUACCUCAGGUCUUUUUCUGUUUUGUUUUAUUUUUCUCUUCCCAAUUUGAUAGCACCUCAUAAAAUAGAAUGUAACUUAAAAAAUAUUUCCAACUCAAAGGGAAGUUAUUGAAUUAAAAGAAGAAAAAAAAACGUUUCAUGUGAUAAGCUACGUCACUUCCAGGAUGCAGGGGAGAGCAAAAUGACAGCUGGUUUGUUUUCAUCAACAAGGAAGAUUCAGAGUAGAUAUUAAAGUGUCAUGAGCUGAGCGCCUCCCCAGUUCCUCUCUUCCCUGGCCUGUUCAGAGCAAAUACUGACAGCUGACCAAAGAGGGACGAACAUUUCUUCUGGAGACUCAUGUCAACCCUGCCAGUCACUCUGGAGCCAUCAGUACAGAAACAGAAAAAGACAACAAACAGUGAUAGAGGUCAAAUCAAGGGAAACGUCUCUUCAGCUGAGGGGGCAGGGGUUCAGUGGAACGGAGACAUGGAGCCACCAGAGGUCAAUAUGGGUCGUACCUUUGUGGAGGUGAUGAGUGAAAAGUACAGCCCGGAGAACUUCCCAUACCGCCGAGGACCUGGCAUGGGCGUAGUGGUGGUGCCCACCUUAGGUCCCCAAGGUUCCCCCAUGAAAGACCGUCUGAACCUGCCCAGUAUGCUGGUGUUGAACAGCUGUGGAAUCAGAAGGGCAGGAGAACAGGCUGAAAUUGCUGCCUUCUGUACCCACGUGGUGGAACUGGACCUGUCCCAUAAUAAGCUGCAGGACUGGCAUGAGAUCAGUAAAAUUGUCUCCAACAUUCCCAACCUGGAGUUCCUCAACUUGAGCUCUAACCCACUGGCAGGAAUGACCCUUGAGCCAAGGUGCGCUGAAGCCUUCUCCCGAGUCCGACGCCUCGUCCUCAACAACACCCAAGUGUCAUGGGACACUAUGCUGCUGCUCACCCAACAGAUACCCGAUCUGGAGGAGUUGUUCCUGUGCCUUAAUGAGUACAGUUGCGUGAGCACCUCCAGAUUGGCCUGCCCCAGCCUGCGCCUGCUUCACAUCACUGACAACAGCCUCCAGGACUGGGCCGAAGUCCGCAAGUUUGGUUCCAUGUUCCCCGGCCUGGAUACUCUGAUUAUGGCCAAUAACAACUUGGCCUCCAUUCAGGACAGCAAGGAAAUCCUGCAACGUCUCUUCCCCAAUCUACGCAGCGUCAACCUGAACAACGCAGGUCUUAACCGAUGGGAAGACAUUGAGAAGCUGAACUUCUUCCCCAAGUUGGAGGAGGUGCGACUGCAGGGCAUUCCCUUGCUGCAGGCCUACACCAAUAUGGAGCGACGCAGCCUCAUGAUAGCACAGCUUCCCUCAAUAUCGCUGUUAAAUGGCAGCGUUGUGACUGACAGCGAGAGAGAAGACGCAGAGAGGUUUUUCAUCCGUUACCAUUUCGAUUACCCUGAGGAGGAGCUGCCUUACAGAUACCAUUGCCUUGUAACCAAAUAUGGAAAGCUGGAACCCCUCGCUGAGAUUGACCUCCGGCCUCGCUGCCGUGCCCAGGUGGAGGUUCACUAUGAGGAAAAAGUGGAACAGCUGAGCAUCCGUUUGGACCAGACAGUAGCAGAGCUGAAGAAGCAGCUGACAACAGUGGUCCAGCUGUCCACCAACAGCAUGAGGAUCUAUUACAUUGACAAGUGCACCGCCUUUGGUCCAGAGGAAUUGAAGUACAACACCCGGGCACUCCACUCCUACAGUAUCCAAGACGGUGAUGAGAUACUAGUGGUGCCCAAGAUCAAGUGAAUAGCCGGCUUCCAACUGGCUGAUUAGGAUAACUUGAUUGUUUCAUUUGAUUAUUGGUUGAUUGGCUAACUGACAUUGAAAAAUAAUUGGAAACUGCACAUGGAACAGCAUCAGCAGCCUACUUGUUGGAAUGAAGAGGGAGCAAAACAAGAAAAUGAUGAACACCAUCAUGGGGACUGGACAGUGGCGUACAGUGGGCUGCUGGGAGGCGCUGACUGGAAAUGCAGCCAGUCUGGAGAGAAUUAUGUUUUUAUUUAUUUCAGCUUUAUUUUAGGGCAUCCAUUGAAGUUGGUGGACAAAUCUGUCACACUGGAGAACAGGCCAAGAGAGAAACUCGCAGUCCGCUAGCAGCUUAUGCAGAAGGGAGAGCACUGCUGUACCAGCAAAGCUUUGCUGUAGCUCUAUCUUAGUAUACGGCAUUUACCAUAGCACCUGCAAGGCAAGUAUCCAACACCACUGGCUUGCCCAAAAGCUACCCUGAUUAGUCAUGAGGCAGCGCUGCCCAGUGAAGAGGGACUGCUAUUCUCAGCUGCACUUUUACUGUAGGCACAAAAUCAGGAGGAGCAGCAGUCGUUAAAGGAAAAAUCCUGCCUAAACACUAUUAAAUGCAGGUGUUGGUGAUGAAAUUUGCAAUUUUUUGGCUCCAUUUUGUUGUUUGGUGGUGUUUUUUCAUAAAUUCUUGAGGAUAACUUGCCAAACACAAAAAGUUUAAUCAGUGAAAAAUACCAACAGAUUCCAAAUUCUUCUUUGUAGAGCUGUCAUAACAUUCAAGAAUCAUUUAGAAAUGUAUCCUUGAAUAAGCUCCUUAAAGAUCCCCUCCAGACAUGUUUUAAUAUGUAUAAAAAAGACCCUGCUUUGAAUUAUAAUUUUCAUCUGAUGAGGUUUUUCCACAAAAUAGUUUGAUAACCUUCAUAAAAUCUCUUUUCCCUCACUAAAAAAAAGCCAGAAAUCAUGAACAUGCUAUUUUAAUUUAGCUACUAGACACAACAUGUCUCCUACUUCAAUGUAAAGUCCAUUCUCAGUGUUUAUGCUCUGCAGGCUUCAAAUUUCCUCAUCACACUUGUGUAAGUUGCAUUUUGGCUCCAAACUAGUUGUGAUGUCACAAAUUCUGCUCGUACAAACAUGUCUUGAAUUAAGGUUUAGGUAAGCAAAGAUACAUUUCCUCCUUCAGCAGAUUCUGCACAGUGAAGCUCAGGCAGAAAACUGAAGGAGAAAGGAAAACACAUUUUGAGUGGAGGGGGAUUUUUAAGUGGGAGUAGAUGAGGCAGAGAGUGAGGAAAUUGGUCAUACGAGAAGGAAAAUGACACCACUUUAUGACAAAAUGGGUCGGGGAGUGUAAUGGUCACAAAUUGAUGCUAACAGCGUGAAGACCAUGUGAGGGUUGAUUUUUCCUUUAGCACUGUGUCUCAAAUCAGAGCACACAUGCACACAGUCACACAUGCCCACACAGGUUACCACAAAGCAGCUGUUGUCAUGUUAUGUGCUGCCCCCUACGGGCUUUAUGUGUCCCUGCUGAAAAUGGAUCCCUGCCACAAUAAGUUUAGGGUCUUUUGUGUAGGGAACCAGUGAUACACACACACACACACACACACACACACACACACACACACACACACACACACACACACACACACACACACACACACACACACACCAGGGUACCAAAAGAUAAUCUGUCAUUGCACAUUCUGUACAGGAGAAGUAUGAGGGAAUCUACAUUUUAAAUAUCACAUAAGUGCAGGUUUAAUUAUAUCCAGAUCAUGUGAUUUUUAGUUCAGCACAACCUAGGGUAGAAAGAUGAGGUUCAGAGGUUUAGUAAAGUGUUAGAUAAUUAAUAUGCUUUUAAUAAGAAUACGGUUUUAUUCAAUGCUCUAUUUUUGUCUUACGUGAUUUAAAUAAUUGGAUUAUUUAUUUAUUUACUUGCUUAUGAUCAUGUUUUAUUGAUUUUUUUAAAUGUCUAAUCAAUAUACAUAGUUUAUUUAUAAUUGUCAAAGUAACUAAUCAGUAAUUAUCUUUGAACAGAUGCUGAUUUUUGGCUUAGUGUAAAGGGGCGCUCCACUAAUUUUACACAUUAAAUGUAGUUUACUAAUCUUGAAUCAUCUCAAUCUUGAAAAACUUUAAAGUUUGUGGAAAAAACCCCAAAGAAACUCAAAGACAUAAUCUGGGAUUAGGCUUGACACUUUUUAACAGAAAGUCUGUUUUAUGAAAUGUUGUUGGGAUUGAAAAAGACCAGCAUUUCAGAGGCUACAAGGUCUUAUGAAAGACUAUCCAGAUGCAAUAUGGGAAAUGUAGGCUCCAGUGUUAUAGGGACUAAAAAUCAGGAUAGCUCGACCUCUGCUGCUUCGAUUUUGACUGUUCCUUUUUCAAAUCUGUCUUUGUCGAGUGCCCCAACUUUCAGGAAGUGCAAUGCUAAAACACUGGAGAGCCCAUUUAAACUGAAAUAUUCUUUCACGCCUCUAUAUCAGUGUUUCAUCCACCAAGUUAGCGUAUUCUUCAUUUCAGACCAUCCUGGGCAGAGAUACUUUCACCAAAGAUAGCUCAUUACAAUAUUCUAAUUAAUGCGGAAUAUAUUCUGUAUGUAUUGAUUUAACUAUACAGCAUCCACCUUAUAUAAGAGGAGCGUUGACAUUUGAUGCUUGGUGCCAUCGAUUUUUCCUAUGGCAAGCAACUUAGCAGAGUAGGGGAUUCCUGACAACGCAUAGUGUUAUGGCCAUGGGAACAACCGAUACGUCAAGACACAAAAUGAAAUAUUCACAUUAAUUGGCUUUUUUGGAAAUAGAUGUAUAGAUAUAAAGAUAAAUUCCUCCACUGAUGAUGACAAACCCAGCUCAGCAUGCUUUGGCUUCUUUUUAACAGUGUUUUUUCCUCCAAAGUAUCCGUAUCUCAAGUAUGUAUCCCACAGUACCUAUUAUACUUAACCUGUUUAUUUUAUAACACUACUGCUAUACUUGAAUAUUAGAAGGUGUUAUAUAAUAACACAAAUGAGUUUGUAUGAAAGUGUAACAACGCCAUAAAGCAGGUUAUUAUGGAAGGAAAAAAAAGAGAUAAUACUGACACCUGUUUCCCCAUUCUAUCACAGAAUAAUGUUGCUGAAUAAAUGUUAGUGUAGCAUGAACCACAGCCAUAGAAACCAGCACACACACUGAUGCAGCAGUGCAGUGCUGGCAUAAACACAUCCAAGUCUGGACUGAAGUAUUGAGUUCUGGUGUCUGUGCUUAUCAGUGUAAGAUUUUUGAAGUGAGAACAUGCAGUGUGUAAUCGUAUGCGAGGUGGGUGAUUUUUAUGAUAUGCAUGUCUUUUAUUUAAUUAUUUUCUGUGUUUGAGAGGAAAGUGGCCACUAUGCCUGCCUACAUUUAUGGAAUAAUACACUUGAUGGAACUUUUAUAUGAAGCCCAAGGGAAAAUAUUCAUGAUGUAAAUGUAUUGUUCAUCUAUUGAAUUUAUUUAUUUAUUUUAAUGAAUAGUUAAAUGUUGUCAUGUUCAUGCUGUCCAACCUGCUAAAAUCUGAAAAUAUUGGGUAAGCCAUUUCACAGCCCUUAAAGCCGCUAAAAUUUUGGUUUCAAAUGUUAAGUAUUUGUCUGUAACAUUAAAAAUUCAUGAUAAAUGAGUAACAA